AGAAAAUAUACCACCACCUAUGCCAAAAUUGGCAUACUCUUAGGGAGCUUUCUUUUUAAAUUCCCAUGUGAUGUCAUGUGUUUGUAAACUUACUGUAUGCUGUAAGCUCCAUGAAAGCCCAGACCCGAGUCCAGCUGCUCAUCACUGCAUCCCAGGGCUUGGCCCUCAGGAAGCACUUUAAUCAUGAAAAGCAGGAAAACCAGGAUCUCAGAGCUACUGCAAAUGUUCCUUCUCCACCAGAUGAGCACCAAGGAGCUGAGAAUGCUGUUUCCUCAGGUAAACGUGGAAUAAAUGGUAACAAAGAUUCAAAGGUACCUUCAAAAAGAAAGAAAUCUGUCUACACAGAUGAGUCAUCCAAACCUGGAAAAAAUAAAAGAACUGCAAUCACUACUCCUACUCCAAACUUUAAGAAGCUUCAUGAAGCUCAUUUUAAGGAAAUGGAGUCCAUCGAUCAAUAUAUUGAGAGAAAAAAGAAACAUUUUGAAGAACACAAUUCCAUGAAUGAUCUGAAGCAGCAUCCCAUCAAUAAGGGAGGGGUCAGGACUCCAGUACUUCCAAGAGGAAGACUCUCUGUGGCUUCUACUCCCAUCGGCCAACGACACUCGCAAGGCCGGUCUUGUGGCCCUGCAAGUCAGAGUACCUUGGGUCUGAAGGGGUCACUCAAGCGCUCUGCUAUCUCUGCAGCUAAAACAGGUGUCAGGUUUUCAGCUGCUACUAAAGAUAAUGAGCAUAAGCGUUCACUGACCAAGACUCCAGCCAGAAAGUCUGCACAUGUGACCGUGUCUGGGGGCACCCCAAAAGUUAUUACCCCAUUCAAGUUGACAACUGAGGCAACGCAGACUCCAGUCUCCAAUAAGAAACCAGUGUUUGAUCUUAAAGCAAGUUUGUCUCGUCCCCUCAACUAUGAACCACACAAAGGAAAGCUAAAACCAUGGGGGCAAUCUAAAGAAAAUAAUUACCUAAAUCAACAUGUCAACAGAAUUAACUUCUACAAGAAAACUUACAAACAACCCCAUCUCCAGACAAAGGAAGAGCAACGGAAGAAACGCGAGCAAGAACGAAAGGAGAAGAAAGCAAAGGUUUUGGGAAUGCGAAGGGGCCUCAUUUUGGCUGAAGAUUAAUAAUUUUUUAACAUCUUGUAAAUAUUCCUGUAUUCUGAACUUUUUCCCUUUUGUAAAUUUUUUUUUUUUUUUGAUGUCUUCCCCACUUUAGUCACAAGAUCUUUUUCUGCUAACUGUUCAUAUUCUAUGUAGUGUCCAUGUAUGUAGUGUCCGUGGGUUCUUCAUGUGCUACGAUCUCUGAAAAGACAUUAUCACCUUAAAGCUCACAUUCUUUGGGAUGGUUUUUACUUAAGUCCCUAUAAAAUUCAGGUUUCUAAUGAGAUACAUCCUAAAAUUCUGUUCCUAGAUUUUUAAUGUCAAGUUCCCCCUGCUGGUUCUAAUAUUAACAGAACCGCAGUCUUCUGCUAGCCAAUAGCAUUUAUCUAAUGGCAGCUAGUUAUACAAGCUUCAGGAGAAUUUAAACAAUAACAAGAAUAGGGUAAGCUGGGAUAGAAAGGCCACCUCUUCAGUCUCUGUAGAAUAUAGUAACCUUUAUGAAACGGGGCCAUGAUUUGGUUAUGACAUCAAUAUUUUACCUAGGUGAAAUUGUUUAGGCUUUUGCAUCUUUGUUCAAAUAGCCUCAUGUAAUUGCCAUCUGUCACUCACUAUAUUUGCAUAAAUAAAACUCUACAACUCAUUCUAACAUUGCUUACUUGAAAGCUACAUAGUCCUAUCGAAAUGUGAGGAUUAAUGCUUUAAUGCUUUUAGAGACAGGGUUUCACUAUGUUGCCCAGGCUGGUCUCAAACUCCACCAAAUGUACUUAUUCAUUUUAUGGAAAAGACGAGGCUUUGCUUAGUAUCAUGUCCAUGUUUCCUUCACCUCAGUGGAGCUUCUGAGUUUUAUACUGCUCAAGAUUGUCAUUAAUAAAAUUUUUUCUCUUUGU